UCAUCUGUAUAUUAGCGCGGGAAAGAAAGAGCAGAACGCAAUUGCACCGUAGACUGUUUCUAUAAAUCAAAAUAAUAAAACUUCGAUAUGGUUGAGCGCAUCGAAGAUUUAAAUUUACCCAACGCUGUGAUUGCGCGACUAAUUAAAGAAGCCAUACCAGAUGGUUCCAACGUAAGCAAAGAAGCUCGUGCGGCAAUCGCCAAAGCAGCUUCCGUCUUUGCAAUAUUUGUGACUUCGUCGUCCACGGCAUUGGCACAUAAACAAAACCACAGGACGAUUACUGCGAAGGAUAUACUACAAACGCUGAAUGAACUCGAUUUUGAAAGCUUUGUGCCAUCCCUUACCCAAGACCUAGAGGUGUAUCGAAAAAUGGUGAAGGACAAAAAAGAAAGCAAGGCCAACAAAAAGGACACUAGCACUGGAGAUGCGGCAGCAAGCAGCAGUUCAGCGGCAGCUGCAACGGAAAACGGAGAAGCUGAAUGAUGAAUAAUCCAUUUUGUGUAUUAAAAUUUAGUACUGUUUUUUAUAAAUAAAAACUUAAGAAAAUUA